UUAUUAGUAUAAAACACAGUUUUUCUAAUUUGUCUAUUCUUUGUGAAUGUUAUACUAAUCUAUCCACAUGCUGGAUUAUGAGUACAAGAUUUCCAUCUGCCUGCUACUUUUUUUUUUUCUGAUUACCUAUCAACCUUAUUUUGUUUUGGUUUUGUUUUACUUAGCUAGAAUUUGUUUUUGGCAUGCAAAUAUUUAUGUACCACUUGAAUUUAGCCUAGGGAGACUACAGGUUUUCAAACUGGUAUUCUUGAAAUACUGAAAGAACAGAAAAGGAGAUCUUACUUAAAAACAGAACAAAACAGUGAAAGUGAAAAAGCAAGAAUUAGUCUGAUAUGAGACUGCAUGGAGUAGUUCACUGCUUCCAUUCCUUUAAAAUGCAAUACAUUGAUGUGUUGUUUCUUUCACAAGUGUUUGCUAUAGGAAUGUUACAUGUAAACUGUGAAGGGGAUUAUGCCUGGUAAUCUUUUUUUUUUUUUUUCAUCCUGACUUUAGAGCAGUUAUCUAUGUAAAUAAUUUUUAGUGUGAUUAAUUAGCUUCAUAGCCUCCCUCUAUGCUCUAUCUUACAUUUCACCUAAGGAAAUGGAACUUUUGAAUUUUGGAUUAGAAACUGUGCAUUGGUGAGUAAUUUUUUUCCAACUAUUGCCUUCAAAUCCUGCCAUUUCUGUAACACUACUUUGUGCUGAGAGCACAGUGAGGAGUUCCAGAGACAAUACAAUCCACCUGUGGUGACUGUAGUACAAAGUGAUUGUACUGUAUGCUGUUAGUGACCUGACAGCAAAGCCAUGGAAUCCUCUGUCUGUUGAACAAGGUAUGUCAAAUUCUGAUGGCUCUCAGUGUGCUUUAUUAGCAUACCAGUUACAACAUGUAUAACUUACGCAGUAGUUCAUCUGCUUCUGAAGCGCUGUACGCUGUGAAAUGCAAUGUGAUAAAAGGUCAUUGGUGUAUGGAGCCUAUGGAGGCAGAAAAAUAGGAAAUUAACAUUGUUUUCUUCUUUAGUCCAUUAAUGACCAUACGUAGUAAAACUAAAACUUCACAACGUUGUUCUUUUGACAUCUUAUUCAAGAAGCUACACCUCCAGCAAAGCUGGAAUUUUAUCACCCUGUGUCAGACCUUGGUACGAUCUGUUGUGCAACUGACAUCAUUUCCAGAGGCAUCUUCAGGAAAUAUUUUCUGCCAUGCAAGUACUGACCCUGCUCAUAAUGUCAGUUUAACAGGUUCAUAUCAGGCAAAUGUGAUCCAUCUCUUCCGUAUCAGACAGCUUAAAGAAUCUUGCGUAAUAAUUUGCUGUGUUCCAGAUCAUUAACAUAUAUUAGUUCUUUAGGUUAGGCUCUAAAAAUACUAAGUAGUUUGUAUUACUUGCAUGUUGAUAACAGAAGUUAGUGAAUCUCAGUAAACAUAUACAUUUCCUGCCAGGCUGCAUCUUUAUGCUGUGUGCCAAAUGCUGUGCUAACUUGUCCGCAAUGCAGCUAGAGCCAUCUAGUAUGCACAAGCUACAGCAGCUUUAAUUGUUGGAGAAACAUGUUGAAUUGGGGAUUCUGCUCUCUGCUUUAGGGGAAAACUGCUCAGCAGAAUAAAGGUGUAGCAAUGGCACAGAUAGGCAUUGUCACGUUAGCUUUAAUUUGCCUGUUCCUUGUAGCUGCACCAAUGAAGAUACAGUGACUCACUCCAUAUCGCUUGCACACGUACAAAAGACAAACCCUCCCAUGACCAGGAGGUUUUUCGUCCUGGAUAAUGGACUAUUAAAGUAUUCAAAGUCACCAAUUGAUAUACAGAAGGGCAAAGUACAUGGAAGCAUUGAUGUAGGCUUAUCAGUUAUGUCCAUUAAGAAGAAGGCUCGCAGAAUAGAUCUUGAUACAGAAGAACACAUUUAUCAUCUGAAGGUGAAGUCCCAGGAUACAUUUGAUGCAUGGGUUUCAAAAUUACGCCACCACCGGUUGUACCGUCAGAAUGAGAUAGUGAGAUCUCCAAGAGAUGCUAGCUUCCAUAUAUUCCCCUCAGCCUCUACUACAGAGUCUUCACCAGCUGCUAAUGUACCAGAUGGAAAGGUACAACAAAAUAGCUUCCCAUGGCAAUCUCCUAUACCUUGCAGUAACAGCCUUCCUGCAACCUGCACUACUGGGCAGAGUAAAGUAGCAGCCUGGUUGCAGGACUCAGAAGAGAUGGACAGAUGUGCAGAAGAUCUUGCUCAUUGUCAGUCAAACCUUGUGGAACUCAGUAAACUUCUUCAAAAUUUAGAAAUACUACAGAGAACUCAGUCUGCACCAAAUUUCACAGACAUGCAGGCUAACUGUGUAGAUAUUUCAAAGAAAGACAAGCGGGUCACAAGACGAUGGAGAACAAAAAGUGUCAGCAAAGAUGCAAAAAUUCAACUUCAGUCCAACUCUUCUGGAGAUAACGUUAGCGAAGUACCUAGCUAUAUAAGUCUCUGGCAUACACAGGAAGGGCCGGCACCGAAGGGCCAGUUCAGCACAACACGACGCCGGCAGAGACUAGCAGCAGCAGUGGCUACAACAGUUCCCUUCAGUGCUACAAUGUCCCCGGUUCGGCUGCAUUCGUCCAAUCCCAACCUUUGUGCAGAUAUUGAGUUCCAGACCCCCCCAAGCCAUGUAACAGAUCCUCUGGAGUGCUCUACAGAGUACAUGAAGCUUCAAGAAGAAUUCUGCCUGAUGGCACAAAAAGUGCAUUCUCUUUUGAAAUCUGCCUUUAACAGUAUAGCUAUAGAGAAGGAGAAGCUUAAGCAGAUCGUCUCAGAACAGGAUCUUACAGGUCACAAUGCUCAAAUAGCACACCUCAGACAGUCCCUUUCUCAGGCUCUCAACCAGAAUGCUGAACUAAGGAGUCGCUUGAACAGAAUACAUUCAGAAUCUGUUAUUUGUGAUCAGGUUGUCAGUGUAAAUAUUAUCCCUAGCCCUGAUGAGACGGGUGAACAAAUUCAUGUCAGUUUGCCAUUGUCUCAGCAAGUUUCUAACGAGAGCAGGCUCUCUAUGUCUGAAUCAGUGUCAGAGUUCUUUGAUGCACAGGAGGUGCUUUUGUCUGCCAGCUCGUCAGAAAAUGAGGCUUCUGAUGAUGAGUCUUAUAUCAGUGAUGUGAGUGAUAAUAUAUCUGAGGACAACACCAGUGUUGCAGACAUUUCUCGGCAAAUUGUCAAUGGUGAACUAACUGGAGGAGCAUUCAGGAAUGGACGGCGAACUUGUCUCCCAGCUCCCAGCCCUGACACCAGUAACAUCAAUCUAUGGAAUAUCUUGAGAAAUAACAUUGGUAAAGAUCUUUCCAAAGUAUCCAUGCCAGUUGAGCUAAAUGAGCCUCUGAACACCUUGCAACAUCUUUGUGAAGAGUUGGAAUAUAGUGAACUCUUGGACAAGGCUGCUGAAACGGAUGAUCCCUAUGAACGCAUGGUUCUCAUAGCUGCUUUUGCAGCAUCAGGUUAUGCCUCUACGUAUUUCAGAGCAGGAAGCAAGCCAUUUAACCCUGUGCUUGGUGAAACUUAUGAAUGUAUUAGAGAAGACAAAGGAUUUCGAUUUUUCUCAGAGCAGGUUAGCCACCAUCCUCCCAUUUCAGCCUGCCACUGUGAAUCGAAGAACUUUGUGUUUUGGCAAGAUAUCAGGUGGAAAAACAAAUUUUGGGGGAAAUCAAUGGAAAUUCUUCCAGUUGGAACCUUGAAUGUGACUCUUCCAAAGUAUGGAGACUACUAUGUCUGGAACAAAGUCACUACUUGCAUACAUAAUAUCCUUAGUGGAAGGAGGUGGAUAGAACACUAUGGAGAGAUAACAAUCAGAAACACAAAAAGCAGUGUUUGUAUUUGUAAACUCACAUUUGUCAAGGUAAACUACUGGAAUUCAAAUGUAAAUGAAGUCCAGGGAGUUGUGAUAGAUCAAGAAGGGAAGGUAGUGCAUCGCCUCUUUGGAAAGUGGCACGAAGGCCUUUAUUGUGGUGUAGCACCUUCAGCCAAAUGCGUGUGGAGGCCAGGCUCCAUGCCAACCAACUAUGAACGAUAUUAUGGCUUCACAAGAUUUGCUAUUGAGCUCAAUGAAUUAGAUCCUGUACUGAAAGAUCUUCUUCCAACAACAGAUGCACGAUUCAGGCCGGAUCAAAGACUUCUGGAGGAAGGAAAUAUAGAAGCAGCAGCAUCAGAGAAACAAAGAAUAGAAGAACUCCAGAGAAGUCGGAGGCGGUACAUGGAAGAAAAUAGCAUUGAAUAUGUACCCAAGUUUUUUAAAAAAGUUAUCGAUGCUAAUCAAAGAGAAGCCUGGGUUACCAAUGAAACCUACUGGGAACUGCGAAAGGAUCCUGGAUUUAGUAAAGUAGAAAUUCCUGUACUCUGGUAAACUGAGAAUGUAGAUUUAGUAAACAUAUCACUCUCUGAAGAAAAAAAUAACUAUGCACAAUAUGUUUCUUAUAGAUAAGCGUGGUUUGUGGGUCUAUGGAAAAAACCCAUCACUUGCAUUUAUUUUCAUCUUUAUAAUGGACUUUUGAAAGUGCAUUAGAUGAGGCCCCUGACCACUUCUGGAUCUUUUUAAUUUUGCAGCAGCCAUUAAAAAAAUAAAAAUAUAAAAAAAAAAGAAAGAAAAAGGAACAAACAAAAACCUUUUGAAGUUUCAUACAAUGAAAAUUCAGAAGAGAAGCAGAUGAGUUAUCCAAAGUCACUUGGAGGAGGCGGUAAAUACAAAACUGCAAUCGGUGCUUUAAACAGACAUUAAGAGUAAUGUAACUUAAAAGAAAAAAAAAAAGGAAGAAAAACAGAAAAAAAAUCCAUUUUGUUUCAAAUAUUUUUGUUAAAACCUUUUGAGUUACCACAUUGUCAUUUCUGGCUUCAGGUUAGUCCUUUGGUGUUCUGUGCUUGGACUGGCCUUGUCAAAACAUGCUUUUCUGAAAGCUGUUCCCAUUCAUAUGCCAUUGUUCAUGCCUUAAAGAAAAUAAGAAGAUGUACAGUAAGUCAUUUUAAAAUAUAUAUGCUUAGGCUUAUGUGAAGGGCAGAUUUUUAAAGCACUAGGAUUUUACCAUGAUAUAAAUAUUGGAGAACCUGUAUUAUUUAAAAUCAAAAGACAGCCAAACAUCUAACUGUAUUUCAGAGGAACAAGAUCUACUGUACAUGCUUUAGCUACGAGGAGCUGACUGUAUAAUCAGACUGAAGAGAAGCUGCUAACUGGUUAAUACUGAGGUUAUUUUGGUAAAUGCAUAUGAGUGGCUAGUCAGAAAAUUCAUAUUUUAAGUGGUUAAUGUUGAGAUGCGUUUGUCGCUUUUACCACUGAGUGGACGUGGUCUUGCAGCAAAUUCAUUUCUCUAUAAUUGCUUAUACAAUUAGGAUUCCCUGAAGCUUUGCAACAGUGUUAAGGCACAGAAAGAUUUCAUGGGAAGGUCUCUGGCUUCGCUCCAGAGGUUGGAUCGUACCAUAAAUGAAACUAGUAUUUACCUCCACACAUGCUGUUUACUGGCUCUGUUCUUUCCCCAGCCACUUACUGCAUCUAAAUUUAUAUUUGAGAGUAGGGCAGAGGCUCCUGUACUUUGUAGCAACUUCUGCUACUUGUGUUGCCAAAAUAGCUUUUGUGCAAAAUAAUAUUUUACAGUUUUUCUGAAAGUGACUAUAUUUUUGGUUAAGAACCAAGACUCUUACAUAUUGCUAAGCCUCAGUUAAUAUAUGUAGGAGAUGGUUUUUCACUUUCUGUAUGAAAAUUUCUGAAACACUAAACAGUAGGAAGGCAGAUUUUAAAAGAAAAAGGGUAAUUUUAUUUGGUAAAAUGUGCAUUCCAUAUGGUAUGAUCUAAUCUUUCAGUUAUAUGUGUAUUACACAUUCACUCACUGAUGCCAGGUUAGAUUUCAUAAAGAGACUCUCUAUUACUUUCUAAACAGCAUACAUAAUGCAUACAAUUUUUUCUAUUUAAAAUUGAUUCCAAUAAUUAGACCUAAAAAAAAUAAUUUGGUAACUACGUGACUCUGCCAGAAAUGCUACAUGGACAGCUGUCAGUGCAAUAUAACGUGUACCUAUCCCUCCCCCUGCCUCUUGCUUUUGCAGAGCUGACAUCAGUUUGAUUACUUAAUGCGCAUUUAGUUCUUCCCUUUGUUUAUAAAGCAGAACAAUUGGCUACUAAUGAAUCCCAGUUUCUUCAUCUUACCAGGAAGAAAUAUGAAAACCUGAAUAAAAUAUUAACUUGAAUUUUAAAUAAUUAUAAAUACUUGGUAUAAAAAAAACUGUGCAGAUUACCAGGAUUUCUUCCAAAGAAAAAUUUUAAUUAGUUAAAGAAUGAUGUAAUUUUCUACUUCAGCAGAACUGGAUUUUUUCUUUUUUGAGUUCUACAUUUGUUAUUACAAAAAAAUUAAAAUAUAUGAAGGUUUGGGGUUUUAUAAUUGUAUUUGUUUGACUUCGACAUACUUGCUUUAAUGGUGUUAUACUACAAAACAAAUCGGCACGCUAUGUGCAAAAUAGUGAUUGAUUAUACUGGGUCACUUUUUAAAAUGAAACACUAUUAAGCAUUUGCCCAUCUCAUUCUUCAAUCUCUGUGUACAGUUUGCUGCAGCAUUGGAAGUAUUAUGUAUGUGUGUCUGCAAGUAUAUUUGAGGGACAAAAACUUGGUCAUCUUUUGUUUUUUUGGGAGUUUUUUUUUUUAAUUUAAAUACAAAAAUACGGUAUUUCAUUUUACAGUGUUCUGAUAGUGCUUCAUGAAUGCCAUUCUUUGCAAUGCAUACUUGGAUAACACUGAAGAUGCUAUAAUUAUUUAAUUAUUCUUUUGCAAUUGUUUAUCUGAUACUCACUGUAAGAAAACUAGCAUUCAAUUUUUUAGAGUUAAAAAAAAUGUGAUACAUUAAAUCUUUCUAUUGAAGGCACUCUUUGAACCUAUGGAGUAUUAAAUCAGCUGAAUGCUAAACUAGUUAAUUAGUAGCUAGAGGAAUUACAAAGUGUUGCAGGACAUUUUCUGUCUUUAUCAGAAUCCUAACAGUGCCAGCAGGUGUGCCAUAAGUUGUUUCCUACAGUACAGAAUUCUCUGUGUUCUGUGAAAAACUUUAAUCAAAUUUUCCCUGCAAACUUGAUUGGACACUGUGACAACUUGUUAGGUUGUGGUAUGUUUCUAUGUCCAGCUCGCUGAUGAGAUACUCAUCUAUAAGCACUGCAAAUUGACCCCUCUUUGCAGGCUACCAGCAGGGACUUAGCCGCUGGUCGGUGCCCUUCAAGCCUGAGGAUUUGGGCAGUUUCCAGCCCACUUUGUUCAAUUCAGCCAGGCAAUAUUUCCUUUACAAGGGCAUAAAAGGUACUUACCUGCUCGGCAGAUUUAAUUGCUACAGAUCUGGUCUGUGAUGAAAAUCAGUGCCAAUCAUUUCAUGUUUUAGAAACUGAACUUUCAAUAUAAAGAUGUUUCCCUUUUUCUCUUGUUUUCUUUAAAUUCUUAUUUCUGUGUAAAAUAAACAGUUCGUAUGCUUCAGUUCUGCAGUAGUGAAAUGUACUGUCAGUUAAUACUUUAAAGUGUACUUCAUUUUCUUCCUUGUUCUGGUACUGUGGAUAUGGUAGGGCAACAAUAGCUAUGUCCAUCAAAAGCCGUGUGAUCUUAUAAAGACUUCAAUAACUACAUUCCUAUAUUAGAUGCGUAUUAACAAGAUAGCAGAUUUUCCUGCAUAUUAAAAACUGUUACCUUGCUGGAAAUAACAUUUGAAUAUGAGUUGAUUUUCAUAGAAUCACUGUGAUUAAAAUGUCAUCUCAGCACUCAUUCUAAUUUUAGAUAGAUGCAGGUUGCAUGAAAUAAAUAUUUUUGUGUUAGAUCCUUCUAUAAUACUCUGGUCAUCUUACAAAUAUUGUCACACCUUUUUGUUCCUUUUUUUCCCCCUAAUUUUGAACUUCUGAAUCUGAAUGAGCAUUUAUGACAUUUUUGAGUUUUGCUUGAACAGCAGGUGCCAGGCAGAUGUCAAGUGCCGCAGGACAUACACGUUACAAGCACUGGUCCUGCCCUUCCAUGUGAGGAUUUGCGUCCCAGCCAUGUGGUCCUGCUCGUUGUGUUCCUUUCCCCACCCAAAAUUGGAUUUCUAGGAUAGUCUGGGCAGAAGGAGAGCUUCACUUGCAAAUGCACAGUAACUGAGAGGAUUGGAUAUUCUGGGUUUUCUUGUGCGAGUUUUAAAAAAAAAACAACUUCCUUUAGCUAUCAAAGCUUGGUUAGUAUGUUGCCUUUGUUUUAUAGGAUUUUUAAUCAUCUGGUGCAGAGAUAGGCACUAACUGUUUUAAAUGCUGUUGGCUGCAAUAGUCUGAGGAAUUAAAUGUAUUGUAGUUGUCCCUACUAAUUCUGGAUUUGCAAAAUGAAAGCAAAUUAAGAAUUUUUAGAUUAAAGAAAAAAGGGUAUCUUUAUUCAUAUGCUAAAAUUGAGGGGUUAUAUUGAAGAGAGUUUGGUUCAGUUAUGGGAAAAAGAUUCACAGAAUUGUAUAAAAAAAUGCUGGAACAUCAGCACCUGUCAGCAUGUAUUAUACAGACACCUUGGAGAACGCUAAGAGAUUGAUAUGUCUUAAUGACUUAUCUGAGCAGCUAUUGGGGCUGCUAUCUAGCAUUUUCAUCUUGGAUGUCAUUAAGUAACGCUCCUCGAAAUUGAACAUAUUGCUGGAAGUCAAGGUGGUCAGAGAUAUAGUUGAAACUAUUUUUUUUGUUGUUAAUGUGCUCAAAAUUGUAAGGGAACAUUCAGUAUAAAAACUAUUUCUGUACUUUCUACUUUACCAAUUCUGAUUAGUUUUAUUGUGAUUCUGGUAUCGCUCAGAAGAUAAGUUUCAUGGAGAAAGGAUGUGUUUUUUUCUUGUUUGUUUUUUGUUGCUGUUUAAUUGGUUUUUGUUUUUGUUUUGUUUUAGAUAGGAGAAUCUAGACUAAGUGUGUGAAUUAAAAUGAAUUAAAAUUUAAUUAUUAAUAAGGAGGAUUUCUCCUUAAAAUCUAUUUGCACUCCCUCAGAACAGGGUAUGGCACCACAAGAAUGUUAUAAAUCUCAGUAGGCUAAAAAAAAAAAAAGCUUAUUUACAUCAGUUGAUUUUAUUUUUUGUAUUAUGCAGUGUAAAGGGUCUAAUCACAGAAGUUCUUUAAACUUGAGCACGUAAAACCUUUUGUUGAGUAUCUUGGUGUGCGUUCCAUCCUUCUUCCACUGACUUGAGGAGCCUCUUUAUAAAAACCUCCUUAGGGGAAUUUCUAUAUGGCAUCUUGCAAGUUUAAAAAGUGUCAGCAAUUUAUCCGUAGAUGUUUUUUAUAUAUGUACACCUCCUCUUUUGUCAAAUUUUGUACUAGUAUUAAACCCAUCGUAUCUUUUUUUUUUUUCUUUCCCCUUGUGAUCUCUGACAAACCUCAGUGAAGGGAGAGACUGCAAUGGAGAGCAGUGAAACCACAGGCAUCAGUUCUGUCAGGGCACCCUUGUAGCAGAGCAGAAAAAAUUCAAACAUCUACAGAUUAAAAUGUCGUAGCAGCUGUUAAAUCUGCUUCAAGCAGGUUAUGUUAAUACCAUUUCUCUUUCUAGUGUUCCAUGACAGCAUGAGAAAAGGGAGGAUUGGUGACAUUUGCUCAGAAUUCAUUCUGAAGGUGAAAGGAAAUUUUAUUCCAUUUAUAAAUAAAAAUGACUGUAGACAAUAUUUGUCUGAAGUGAUAUUGGUAAUAUGGACAAAGAGAGUUAGAGACUUUAUAAAUAUGGAAAUCAAAAAGUUGGGAUAUAUAUAUAUAUACACCACUAUAUAUAUAUACACCACUCAGCAGUGUGUAAUAUAUUCUGUCCUCAGCUAUGGAUAGUAAGGAUACCUAUUCAUAUCCCUGGAGCCAUGAACCAGAUGUUGUCUCCCAUGAAACACUAAAAAACAUUUCCAUGUUUACUGCUACUUUUAAUGAUCUGCGUUGACAGAUGAGACAUAUCUUAUGCUAAGCCAUAAUCUUGCUAUCACAAACUAUUAGGAAUGCAGAAUGGGAAGGGGUAAGCAGAGUCUUUCAAAAUGGCAGAGGUGGAUGAUUUAAUUGUUUGUACUCUAGGCAUCCUCACAAUGAAAGUGUUAUACAAAAGCAGCACAGGUACUGACAGAUAGUCUAACAGAACAAUUCUUCUUCCUUGUGCCAGUCAGUUUAGCCACAAAUGCAACAUCUUUUUUUGGAACUGCAUUACUAUUUGUGAUUGCAUUUCUGGCAGCUUGAGUGUGUUGGGCUGGUUUCUCAUGUCCACUGAGGACAGUCAGAAGUAGUUGGAUUGGAAAUUCAGAUUUCUUUUCUUGUAAUUCUCUGUUCCUUUGUCUCAUAGUUCUCUACCUUUUGUAAAUUUGCCUCAACAAGGAAUAUUACAAAUAGCCUUUUAAAAGUUCAGUUUAGAUUAACCAUCAGUAUUUUGUGGGUGAAGGAGAAUUCAGGAUACGUUUCUUAACUAUGUUGAAUAAAUCAAGUGAUAUACAAUUAUCAUUGUAUUUGCCUAAUAUUUAACGUAUUUGGAGAUCAAAUCACCAGUAAUGAAAUAGUACAUAAAAAUUUUAAAUCUGCAUUUUCACCUGUCUUAAAGGUGAAGAUUAUCAUUCCAACAUAAGGUUAGAAAUUAGGUGUAUUCCGUUCUUCAAAGCAAUGUGAAUGGUAUUCAUUGGAGGCUUAAAUGUAUCAUAAGAAAUUCAGAUGAGAAUAAAUUUUGUAUUCAGCUGAGUCUCAACUAAGCUGUGACUAGGGACUGAGAAAUAAAUGUUGAUGAGCUUAAAUGCAAAGAUUGCAACUAAUAGCUUAGUUAAGCUUUUGCUAUAAUGAACAAAAGCUCUGUUCUUUUCCUUUUUUUAUAGACUAAUUAUUUUCAAACAUUCAUUCCUCACCAACGACCAAUUGCAUAUCAGGUUUGAGUUUUGAAAAUGAAAUGGUGUCUGCAGCUCCACAGACAAAGGAAGGUUCUUCCCGCGUGCAUUUUGUUCAUGUCUUUCACUCAUUCACUAAAACUUUGCUUGGACCAAAAAGGAAUAUUAGUGGGUUUUUCUGGAUGAGAAUCUUCCUUUGUGUUGACUUGUAUCUGUUGUUUACUAUAUAGUAAGUGAGAAAGCAAGGUGUUAGCAUCUGAUGUCUGAAUUCUUUUAUUUCAAUAAAAUGUGUAAGGAACUGUUCGCUCUUUAACAAUUACUGCUAGUUGACUGAAGCAGAUGCUUUGCUUAGCCUAUGAGAAGACAUUAAAUUAAACUACUGUGGCAUCCAGAGAGAUCACGAUGAUAGUUCUGCAUUAGGAGAUUAGGUAUAUCUGCUUUGUUGUAACCAGUAGCAAGCUUUCUUAUUGGGUCUGUGUCUACUGCCCUUUCUAUAAUUAUAAUUUCUUAGCAUUUCAACAGAGAACUGUGUAUUUUCUCACAUUGUUUUUCCACAGUUGAUACAAAUUGGAAAUAACAUAGCACUUUUUUGCUGUAAUAAAUUCCAGUACUUGUAGACUGCUCACACUGAGAAUGCCAUUAGAGAAGUAAGGAUUAGAUUAGCUGCCAAUUUUACAUUGCUUACUGAGCUCCAUUACUCUUAGCAGCAUUAUUUGCAGAUGGGAAACAGCCCAGCACCAGUGGGCAAAAAUGUAAAAGAAAAGAAUAGCUAGAAGGGCAUUAUUUGCUAAAUUUCCAUAUCCCUGCACCUAUUUGAUUUAUUUUACACCUUUAUGUAACAUCCUUGUAAACAGAUGUCCUUGGAGUCUUUCUACUGCAGUUAAACUUUUGUGCUAGCUAGAAAUGUUUUCAGAAUUUUUUUUUUUUUAAGAUCAGUUUUAAAGGCAAAUCGUUGCUUUCUAAGAAACCCAACAUACAGAGUCAUUGCUACAUUUAAGUACUGCAUACUGUAACUUUGUUUUGACUCUACUGUAACUGCGGAGGGUCUGUGUACCUUGAUGCAUCACACAAAAAUGUGUUGUUUGAAAGGAAUAGAAAACUGUUACAUGAAAAAAAAAA